AUGCCUGCCAACGGUUCCGCCCCCACCGCUGCCCGCCAGCCCCUCGCGCCCGGCCACAUCCUCUUCACCUCCGAGUCGGUCGGCGAGGGCCACCCCGACAAGAUCUGUGACCAGGUCUCGGACGCCAUCCUCGAUGCCUGCCUCGCCCAGGACCCAUUCUCCAAGGUCGCCUGCGAAACCGCGUCCAAGACUGGCAUGAUCAUGGUCUUCGGCGAGAUCACGACCAAGGCCCAGAUCGACUACCAGAAAAUCAUCCGCGAGACGAUCAAGCAGAUUGGCUACGACGACUCGUCCAAGGGCUUCGACUACAAGACCUGCAAUAUCCUCGUCGCCAUUGAGCAGCAGUCGCCCGACAUUGCCCAGGGCCUCGACCACGGUUCCCUCGAGAACAUCGGUGCCGGCGACCAGGGCAUCAUGUUUGGCUACGCGACCGACGAGACCCCCGAGUUCAUGCCCCUCACCAUCGUCCUUGCCCACAAGCUCAACGCCGCCAUGGCCGCCGCCCGCCGCUCCGGCGCCAUGGCCUGGCUCCGCCCCGACUCGAAGACGCAGGUCACCGUCGAGUACCGCCGCGACGGCGGUGCGAUGAUCCCCGUCCGCGUCGACACCGUCGUCGUCUCCACCCAGCACGCGGAGGAGAUCUCUACUGAGGAUCUCCGCAAGGCUAUCACUGAGGACAUCGUCAAGAAGGUCAUCCCGGCUGAGCUCCUCGACGACCGCACCAUCUACCACAUCCAGCCUUCCGGCCGCUUCGUCAUUGGUGGCCCCCAGGGCGACGCCGGUCUCACUGGCCGUAAGAUCAUCGUCGACACCUACGGUGGCUGGGGCGCGCACGGUGGAGGUGCCUUCUCGGGCAAGGACUGGUCCAAGGUCGACCGUUCGGCGGCGUACACCGGGCGGUGGAUCGCGAAGUCGCUCGUGGCUGCUGGUCUCGCCCGCCGCGCGCUCGUCCAGCUCUCGUACGCCAUUGGCGUCGCCGAGCCGCUGUCGGUCUUCGUCGACACCUACGGCACGGGUACCAAGUCGGAGGAGGAGCUCGUCGAGAUCAUCAACAAGAACUUCGAUCUCCGUCCGGGUGUCAUCGUCCAGACGCUCAACCUCCAAAAGCCGCAGUACCUCAAGACGGCAUCGUACGGCCACUUCGGCAACCCGGAGUACUCUUGGGAGCAGCCCAAGAAGCUCGUCCUCUGA